UCUCCCACCACCCCCAAACCUGAAGAUACAACCCCAGAGACCACAGAGGCACCCAGCACCGAGGCUGACUCUCCCACCAACCCCAAAUCAGAAGACACAACCCCAGAGGCUACAGAGGCACCAACAACUGCAGCAGACUCUCCCACCACCCCCAAACCUGAAGAUACAACCCCAGAGACCACAGAGGCACCCAGCACCGAGGCUGACUCUCCCACCACCCCCAAAUCAGAAGACACAACCCCAGAAUCCACAGAGGCACCAACCACCGAGGCUGACUCUCCCACCACUACCUCCAAACCUGAAGACACAACCCCAGAAGUCACAGAGGCACGGAGCACCGAGGCUGACUCUCCCACCACCCCCAAACCUGAAGACACAACCGCAGAGGCACCAACCACCAAGGCUGACUCUCCGACCACACGCAAAUUGGAGGAGGCAGAGCCAGACUCUCACAACACUCCUAAGGUCAAGGGGACUACUACUACAGCUACUGAGGCUGACACGACUGUCAUACAGAAAACAACACCUAUUCAGUUGACAACUACUGUCCCUGGAUUAGUGACACUUGCUAAAAAAGACAUAACCUCUCAAAGCAGUGAUGUGGUUAUACCAACUAGGAAGGAAGCAACCAUACCUGAAGCAGACACAACUGUUUCAGAAAAAACAGCAGAGAAGACAAUUACAGCCCCUGCACCCAAAGUAGCAAUGAGCACAACAGCAAAAGACAUGACUACAGCAGUAGAAAGGAUAGUGGUGACUGCAGCUAGGACUACUGAGAUUGUAACAAUAACUGACGAAAAGGACAAAACGACAGCUAAAACUGUUACUACUCCUAUAACCAAAGGGACAACAACUAAAACAGAAACAACCACAGUGAAGAAAGAGAUAACAACACCCAAGAAACACAAAACUACCGUGCUUACAGACAUUUUAACAAAUAGGAAAGACACAACUACUCUAACUAUGGUAAUAACAGCUAAACCAGAUGACUCUCCUAAAGGUAAGGAUGAUAUUCCAAAUACAACUCCUGCAGCCAAGCAAGCUGUCACUAUAGCAGCUGAAUCAGAAGAAACUACUGUAGACAAAAAGACUGCAACAGUGGCUGCAGAAAAAGAAGCAACUCCAUCUAAACAAGACAGGACUCCCAUACCAAAAGAAACUUCAACUGCUAAAAAAGAAGAAAGCCCUGUGGGAACAGCAACUCUAACAGCAGCUGCCGCAGCAGCAACAACUCCCUUGCCCAAGCCCACUGUGUUGACAAUAACUGCCAAAACAGAUUCAACUCCUAAACCCAGGGAGAUUGUAACAACAAAUAAAAGAGACACAACUAUGGCAACUAAGCAGACUGUAACAGCAGCAGCAGCUAAAGAGAGCACAAGUACUACUUGUGUUGUUGUAGAGACAACAACAGCUGGUAAGAAAGAGCUAACAACCAACAAAGAAAGUAGUGUCAGACUUGAAAAACAAAUAGAAGAUACUGCUGAAAAUGCCCCUAGUAUUGACAAAGGAGAGGAAAUUACAGUUACCAAAGAGACCACUACAAGGGACAAAAAAGACACAAUAGAAGAAAUGUUUAUUGUUUCUAACGGGACAUCCAAGCCAACUAUACAUUUCCAGGAGGUUAGUGACACCAGAGAUGAGCCUCAACCAGCUGACCCUGAAACUCCGCUAGUGAAAGAAGAGCCUGAAAUAAACAAUAAGCCUUUAAUACAAACUGCAGACUUGCCAAUUUUAACUGGAGAAACACAAGCGGAGAAGGACCUGUGCAGCGGGAAGCCGGCAGACGGUAUGGUGGCCCUGCCGAACGGCACCCUGGCCGUCUUCCGAGGUCACUACUACUGGCUGCUCAACGGCAGGAGCCCACCGACGACCAGCCCCCGACGGAUCAGUGAUGGCUGGGGCAUCCCGUCCCCCAUCGACGCUGUCUUCUCCAGGUGCAACUGCGAUGGCAAGACCUUCUUCAUCAAG